AUGGAUUGGAACUUCAAAGUAAGGGUUGUACAUAUGUGGCAUGCUACACCAAAGGACAAACCAAAUUUUCUUCUAUCAAUUGAGUUAGUGCUUCAAGAUGAAAAGGGAGAAAAAAUUCAUGCAACAAUUUCACGAUCUGUUGUCCAUCGUUUUAGAGGAGAAAAAAAUGCAAUAAAAGAAAUGGGAUUGUAUCUUAUGAAUACUUUUGUUGUUGAGCCUAAUAAUGUUCAUUACAAAACAACUGCAUAUAAAUUUAAGCUGGAGUUUACACCCAAGACAAUUGUUGUUGAGACAACUGAUCCAAUGUCAUCGGACAAGUUGUUUGUCAUGCUGAAAAAUAAACUCAUCAGCUCUGAAAUGUGCAGAUUAGGAACUGUGUCCGAAGCUACCCCUGAAAUACUAAGUCAAUCAAUAUCUCAACAUAGUCUUUCCAUUUCUGAAGAAUUGGCUGCUGGAACAGUACAACUUAAAAAUGUUAAAGAAUUAUUUGAUUCUGUGCAGGUUGGGCAUUUGUGGAUUCUUACAAAAAUAGUGAAUUUGAAACUUAAAAACAAUUGGUCAUACCUAGGUUUCAUCAAGUGCCGUAAGAGUGUCGAAGAAGUUGCCAAAAAUAUAUUUCACUGCAAGAAAUGUGGUUGUGAUUAUCAAACAGUUACUCACAGGUAUAGGGUUCAUAUUAAGGUUAUGGAUGAUACAGGGAUCGUCUCUUUAUUGCUUUGGAACAACAAAGCAAUCACAUUCAUUGAAAAAUCUGCUUCUGAAUUAAAAUAUUGUCCGUUAGAGAUUUUUGAUUCUCCGUACGAGUGUACCUAUCCGAUUGAGCUGGAUGUUCUUCUUGAUAGAAUCAUCAUGUUUAGAGUAAAUGUUAAAGAAGAAAAUAUUGAAUCACGUGAUCGAGUAUAUGGAGUUACGAAGAUCAAUGACAAUGAAGAACUGAUAAAUCAAUACAAGAAGUCACCAAAUAAAGAUGUUUUCACUGAACUUCAUUUCAAUGUUGAAGAAGGCUCAAAUGCUAAGAAGGAUUUUGUGUAUGAUAACGAGAAAAUCUCUCCUAAAAAGAUGUAA